GAUGGCGGCCGGGCGGGCCGCUCCUCCAGCGCUGGCUGCGGGCUCCUCCUCGGCUUGUCCCCGCCGCCGCCUCCUCCUCCCCCCUGCGCCGCCUCCUGCCCGGGGAGGGGAGCGGCAGCCCGGGCUGAGCCGAACUCGUGUGCUCUCUCUCGGCAGGAGUCCGAGAAGAUGGCCGGGGCCGAGGCGAGGAUGAGCGGGGCCGGGCUCCAGCAGCAGCCCCAGCCCCCGGCGGUGGGAACGGCGGCGGCGGGAGACGAGUCCUCGGACAGCGAGGGGGAGCACGAGGGCCCCCAGAAACUCAUCCGGAAAGUGUCCACUUCGGGCCAGAUCCGCAGCAAGACAAGUAUAAAGGAAGGGCUACUAUUGAAGCAAACAAGUUCUUUUCAGAGGUGGAAAAAACGUUAUUUCAAACUUCGAGGCCGUACCCUUUACUAUGCCAAGGAUUCAAAGUCUCUAAUAUUUGAUGAAGUUGACCUGUCGGAUGCCAGUGUAGCUGAAUCGAGCACAAAAAACGUCAACAACAGCUUCACGAUAAUCACUCCAUUCCGGAGGCUAAUAUUGUGUGCUGAGAACAGAAAAGAGAUGGAGGACUGGAUCAGCUCACUGAAGUCUGUACAGUCUAGAGAACAUUAUGAGACCGCACAGUUUAAUGUGGAACAUUUCUCAGGGAUGCAUAACUGGUACGCCUGCUCCCAUGCCCGACCUACCUUCUGUAAUGUGUGCAGAGAGAGCCUCUCUGGAGUUACUUCUCAUGGCCUGUCUUGUGAAGUGUGUAAAUUUAAAGCACAUAAAAGGUGUGCAGUCAGGGCAACAAAUAAUUGCAAGUGGACUACGUUAGCCUCCAUUGGGAAAGAUAUCAUUGAGGAUGAAGAUGGUAUAGCUAUGCCUCACCAAUGGUUGGAGGGUAAUUUGCCUGUCAGUGCCAAAUGUGCUGUCUGCGACAAGACCUGUGGCAGCGUUUUACGCCUCCAAGAUUGGAAGUGCCUUUGGUGUAAAGCUAUGGUUCACACUGCCUGUAAAGAUCUGUAUCCUCGAAAAUGUCCGCUUGGACAAUGUAAGGUAUCCAUCAUACCUCCAACAGCACUCAACAGCAUAGAUUCUGAUGGAUUUUGGAAAGCCACAUGCCCGCCAUCCUGUGCCAGUCCUCUUUUAGUUUUUGUUAACUCAAAGAGUGGAGACAAUCAGGGAGUAAAGUUUCUUCGUCGAUUCAAACAGUCGCUAAAUCCAGCUCAGGUGUUUGAUUUAAUGAAUGGAGGACCUCAUUUAGGUUUGCGGUUAUUUCAGAAGUUUGACAAUUUCCGGAUUCUUGUAUGUGGUGGAGAUGGAAGCGUUGGUUGGGUUUUGUCAGAAAUUGAUAAACUCAGCUUGCACAAACAGGCAAGUUGUCAGCUGGGAGUGCUUCCCCUUGGUACUGGAAAUGAUCUUGCCCGUGUCCUUGGUUGGGGAGGGUCAUGUGAUGAUGACACACAACUUCCUCAGAUUUUGGAAAAGUUAGAACGAGCCAGCACUAAAAUGCUGGACAGAUGGAGUAUAAUGUCAUAUGAACUGAAAUUACCAUCAAAGCCGUCUAUUCUUCCAGUUACUCCAGAAGAGGAAUCUGAGGAAUGUCAGAUAUCUGCUUAUGAGGAUUCAGUUGCUGCUCAUCUCACAAAAAUCCUCAAUUCUGAUCAACACUCAGUUGUCAUAUCAUCUGCCAAGAUAUUAUGUGAAACUGUAAAGGACUUCGUAUCCAAAAUAGGGAAGACCUAUGAAAAAACAAUGGAAAAUGCAGAGGAAGCUGAUACCAUGGCCAUUAAAUGUUCAGAAUUAAAUGAGAAGCUAGACCUAUUGCUCCAGGCUCUUCACACCGAAGCCCAGGCUACUCCCAUCCUACCACGGAUCACUCCCCCCAUUGUAGAGGAAGAAGUUGAGGAGUUUUCAAGUGAAGAAUCCUUGUCUGAAAGCAAGGAACAGUUAACAGAGAGCAUUGCAAAGUCUUCCACUCAGAAAAUCUUCAAACCAAGAGAACAGUUAAUGCUGCGGGCAAACAGUUUAAAGAAAGCAGUGAGGCAAAUCAUUGAACAAGCAGAAAAAGUUGUGGAUGAACAGAAUGCUCAUACUGAAGAACAAGUGAACCAAUCUCCUAUAGAAUAUAGUAAGGAAUUGGAUGAAUCCAAAGAAGAAGAAAAAGAGGAAGAUACAAAGGAAUACGAAUCUCAGACAAUUAAAGCUGCACCAAAAUCUCCAGAUCGACACACAAGUCGGGGCAUCCCCUCUCAUACCGGCUCUUUCUCUGCCCCAGCUGUGGCAGCUGGUAAAGAAAACCUCCCUGUACUUAACACCAGGAUAAUCUGCCCAGGUUUAAGAGCUGGAUUAGCUGCCUCUAUUGCGGGGAGUUCAAUUAUCAGCAAAAUGUUACUUUCAAACAUUGAUCCAUUUGGUGCUACUCCAUUUAUUGACCCUGAUCCAGAUUCACUGGAAGGAUAUUCAGAAAAAUGUGUCAUGAACAACUACUUUGGAAUUGGAUUAGAUGCAAAAAUUUCAUUAGAAUUUAAUAAUAAACGAGAGGAACACCCUGAAAAGUGCCGAAGCCGGACGAAGAACAUGAUGUGGUAUGGGGUGCUUGGUACCAAAGAGUUACUGCAAAGAACCUAUAAGAACUUAGAACAAAAAGUUCAGCUUGAGUGUGAUGGACAAUACAUCCCCCUCCCCAGUCUUCAAGGCAUAGCUGUGCUUAACAUUCCAAGCUAUGCUGGUGGGACUAAUUUCUGGGGUGGAACCAAAGAGGAUGAUAUAUUUGGGGCACCAUCAUUUGAUGACAAAAUCUUAGAAGUUGUCGCGGUAUUUGGCAGCAUGCAGAUGGCAGUUUCAAGAGUCAUCAAAUUGCAGCACCACAGAAUAGCUCAGUGUCGGUCAGUAAAGAUCACCAUACUUGGAGAUGAAGGGGUACCAGUGCAAGUAGAUGGAGAGGCAUGGAUCCAGCCCCCAGGAGUUAUUAAAAUUGUACAUAAAAACAGAGCUCAGAUGCUAACACGAGACAGAGCUUUUGAAAAUACCCUAAAGUCUUGGGAAGACAAACAGAAGUAUGAUUCCUGCAAACCUGUCCUUCGAUCUCACUUGUACCCUCAACAGGCUGUUGAGUUGGCUAUGGAAGAAGAAGUUGCACAGAUCCAGCUGUGUUCACAAGCUGCAGAAGAACUUAUUACCAGAAUCUGUGAAGCAGCAAAAAUACACAGCCUGUUGGAACAGGAGCUGGCUCAUGCUGUCAAUGCGUGUUCACAUGCAUUAAAUAAAGCCAAUCCAAGGUUUCCUGAGAAUCUUACCAGAAAUACUGCCAUUGAAAUAGCUGUCAAUGUGAAGGCACUACAUAAUGAAACUGAAUCUCUACUAGUAGGAAGGGUUCCUUUGCAACUGGAUCCCCCCCAUGAAGAGCUGCUGUCUGAUGCAUUACACAGUGUGGAGACUGAACUGAGAAAACUUGCUGAGAUUCCAUGGCUUUAUUAUGUUUUCCAACCAAAUGAUGAUGAGGAUCCCCCUCUGGAUUAUUCUAAGAGAAACAACAGAAGUACAGUAUUUCGCAUAGUGCCAAAGUUUAAAAAGGAAAAAGUCCAAAAGCAUAAGAGCAGCCCUCAGCCUGUUCAAAAAUGGGGCACAGAUGAAGUUGCUGCUUGGCUGGAUCUGCUCAGUUUGGGAGAGUACAAAGAAAUCUUCAUCAGCCAUGACAUCCGAGGCUCUGAGCUUUUACACCUGGAAAGGCGAGAUCUUAAGGACCUGGGGAUAACGAAAGUGGGUCAUAUGAAGCGAAUUCUCCAGGGAAUUAAAGAGCUUGGCAAGAACGCUCCCUUGUCUGAAGUGUAACAAUACUGGUGCUAUCCUUGUAAGGAGGGAGAAUUGCUAGUUAGCAAAGUGGAGGCACUUUGCUGUCUUUGUAGUUUACUAUAUGGUUGAAUAAGCACUGGUGUACUAUGCAGGUUAAUAUAUAUGCAUUUUUGUGUGGUGAAGAGCUUGACCUGAGAAUCUGAACGGUUUUGUGCCAAAAAAAAAAAAAAAAAAGUUAUGUGUUCUGUGAAGACCUUUUCUUAGUGUGCAAACUUGGCAAGCUCAAGUAAGCACAUUUUGGUAAAGAGGUUGG